CUAGGGGCAAACACUCGCUGGGUAGCUAGGCUAGCCAAUCUGCCAGAUAAUCUUUUAGCAAUGAAAUAACCCCCGUCUAGCGUGUUGACUUUGACUCCAUGUAUAAAACUGUUUACUGGAACCUUCGACUCAAGGAGCUUUAGCAUCUUUAGCUUUAAGUUGUAUCGCUCCGUGGCCUAAAUAAGAGAAAGAAACACCCAUUUUCCUUUGGAUCAGCUCAGAGAACAAGCUAGCAAACUUAGUGACAUUAACGUUAGCGUCACAGCCAUCAUGGCUGAAUUUGGGUUUAAUGAACAUCAUCAGAAUGAAGUCAUCAAUUACAUGCGAUUUGCUCGGUCAAAGAGGGUCCUGAGACUAAAGACCAUUGACUCAUGCUUUGAAGAACUCAAGGACAGCAGGCUGGUAGAGGAAACCUUCACAGUGGAUGAGGUGAGGGAGAUGCUGGACGGGCUGCAGGCAGUGGUGAGAGGGGAGGUGGAGAUGGAGCUCAUCAAUACAGCCCACACAAAUGUGCUGCUGCUCAGGCAGCUCUUCUCCCAGGCUGAGAAGUUCUACCUUCGACUGCAGAGUGAUAUCUCUGAGCUGGAGAACAGGGAGCUGUUAGAACAAGUGGCAGAAUUUGAGAAGACUGACUUUAAGACCACCGAUAAGAUAAACCAGGAACCAAGCAAACCUAAGCUAGCACCUCUGAAUGAAGGCGGUGUGUCUGAACUUCUCAACAAGGAGAUUGGAAGACUACAAGAAGAAAAUGACAAACUUAAAGCCAGGCUGCGAACUUUAGAAUCACAGGCAAUGAGUGCACUAGAUGAGAAAACCAGAGCAGAGAGAGCUCUUAAAGACCUUCAGAAGGUGCAAGGUGACCAGCAGCUGGCUACUCAAUCCCAGGAGAUCAGCAGCCUGGAGAACACGGUGGCCGCUCUAAGGGAGGACUAUGAAAGGACUCUUAGUGCCAAUGCUAUGUCCCAGAAGGAUCUGCAAGAAAACCUGAUCUCUGCCAAACACGAGCUUCUGCGAGUGCAGGAGCAGCUGGCCCUGGCAGAGAAGGAAUUAGACAAGAAAUUCCAGCAAACUGCAGCCUACAGAAACAUGAAGGAGAUCCUUACCAAGAAAAACGAGCAGAUCAAAGAAAUUAGAAAACGAUUGCAGAGAUAUGAGCCCAAUGAAUGAGCUUUACACCAAACUGCUGAUGAAACAGGUGUCCAGAGGGUGAGACGGCUGCGAAAUUUACAACUGUGGUCAGUUGGACUUGAAACAAUCGGUUCCACUGCUGUAAGAGGAGAGACAGAAAAAGCAUGUCCAUGGGGAGUGUUUAUUCAUGUUUUAUCUGGCUUCUUUAAUAGUUUUUGGCUUUAGUAAAGAGGGGGAACAGGGAGGUUGGCAGCAUACACAAACUGAACACAAACAAAGCAGUGAUAAAUGAUAGCUGUGCUUUUUUUCUACGUCUCAAUUUGGAGCUCUCUUACAGUAGCUAGACUUCCCUCAGUGCUCUAUGCAAAUACGAUCCCUGUUUGAAGAGGCCUUGUCCAUGUGCUGACUUGGACAGAUACUUUCUGUCUGCCUGAAACUUUGCAGUCUUAUCUAUCAGAUGGCUAUAGUUGAUUUUAAGCUUUUUAGCACCUGCUUAUUUUUAGUUUUAGUCUUUGCUGAUUAGUCUUAAUUUAAACCCAUCAUUGAAGGCAGAAUUGAAGCAUAAUUUGGUUAAACCCAAGAAAAAGUAAAAGCCAUUUUGUUUAUCACUAGCAGAAAUCUUCAAAGUAACGUCUCCUGACCCUUUGACGUGAGAACUGCUUUCAUUUAACACUUAAGGAUUUAAAACAGAAACACUUCUAAUGAUCUGGCAUUCUGUGAAAGUCUGAUCAUCAAAAACAUGUCCAGAUUUCUUUUUCUGCUCUGACACAAAUAGCGAUCUAGAUUGAUUUCCCUACUUCCCUAAACAAAGGG